GAUUUGAGCAAGAAGCAAUAUGUAUAUAUAUCACCGAAUUGCAUAAUCACCGUCGAUUACUCCACUUCCCCGUGGUUAUAAGGACGGUCGUGUUGUAUACAGUUUACAUAUCCACUGCUCGAAUCAUGGCCCUUGCAGUUGAUCGCCACCUUGCCAUCCUCGCUGGCAUUUCUCUUUCCUUUGUCGCCGUCAAGGCACUUAGGCGGUUCAUCAAAAAGCGACAGGAUAGUGCUCCUCUUCCUCCUGGCCCAGUGCCCCUCCCACUGUUGGGGAGCGUCUUAUCUAUUGACGCUUAUGAGCCUUGGCUGACUUACACCGAAUGGGGUGCUGCGUAUGGGGACUUGCUCUUCGUGCGAAGUCUAGACGAGGAAAUGGUCGUGAUCAAUUCUCAGCACAUCGCAGAAGCCUUACUGGACAAGCGUUCUCGUAUUUACUCCGAUCGACCAUAUCUAGCAACACUCGUGCCAUAUGGGUUGUCGAUUAACUUUGGAUUCGCAGCUUAUGGCGAUGAAUGGCGUCUUUGCAGACGACUUUUCCACCAAACUUUCCGUCCCGACUCUGCAGCAAAAUUUCGCCCGAUGCAGAUCAAGCGUGCUCGUGAGAUUAUCGUCAACCUAGUGGAUGACCCUCAAAAUUAUCACGACCACUUCGCAACAUUCUCGUUAUCCGUUGUGAUGUCAACAGUAUAUGACUAUGAUAUCGGUGCUCGUGAUGAUCCCAUGGUGCAGACCGUGAUAAAGGCACUGGUUCCAGGCUUGACCUUGAUGACCCCAGAGAGAGCAUUGAUGCUCAAAACCUUUCCCUUCUUACUAAAGGUGCCUGACUGGUGCUGGGGAUCCUCGAUCAAGCGUGGUGCUCGAUCUUCGAGGGAGCGCAUCAAUGAAAUGGCCGACAUGCCGUUUCUAUAUGUGCAGCAGCAUAUGGCCGACGGCUCGUUGCUCGCUCGGUCUUCGAUGGUUGCAGAAAAUUUGCAACGGAUGGAGAGGCAAGAGGAGGCAUUCAAACCUGCAUUCGAGAAUGCGUUGAAGAAAGCAGCUACUACUGCUAUUAUAGCUUCAUAUGAGACGAGUGCAGCAACUUUGAUGGUUUUUUUCCUGGCCAUGGUAUUAUAUCCAGAAGUUCAGAAACGCGCACAAGCGGAAAUCGACUCAGUGAUUGGAAAAGAACGGCUGCCAACGUUCGAGGACAGAGCAUUGCUACCCUACAUCGAAGCAGUUGUGCGAGAGACUUGGCGAUGGCAGCCUGUGGUGCCCCUUGGCGUACCACAUGCCACUUCGAGUGAUGACAUAUACGAUGGGUAUUUCAUUCCAAAAGGCGCAAUCAUCACAUACAACACAUGGGGCAUUACACGGGAUGAGAAGCGGUACCCCGACGCAUCUAGUUUCAUACCAGAGAGGUUCAUCGACAGCGAUGGCGCGUUGACAAGUGAUGACCCUGCACAAUACAUUUUCGGCCUUGGCCGGCGUAUAUGCCCAGGGCGGUAUAACGCUGAUUCCUCCGCGUGGGCUGCCAUUGCGACCAUGUUAGCCACGUUGGAUAUUUCUCCUGCCAAAGAUGACCAAGGAAAAGCGAUCAACUUUACUCCAAAGUUUAUCCCAGGAGCGAUUCGGUGCCCUGCAACCUUCCCUUGCAGUAUUGCGGUGCGAUCUCACAUUCAUUCAGAUCUUGUGGACAGUUGGCGGACUGCCGAGUUUUGAAAGAAGGGAUGGCAGUUUGCUAUCCGUGGUCUGAUUGGGAGCAGCUAGAGGUUUUUUUUUGAUCCUCGUUUAUUGUCCUGUGGGGCGGAGCCCUAUGGUGGACACUACUUACACUAUUGUGCUAUGUAGGUUAUGUAUCGUAUCUUAUGUUGGGUCGGUGCUUUGCAAUGGUCCGCACGUGAGCUAGGACGGGGACGCCGUCUUAAGGCGUUGAGUUGUUGUGUUACACGUUGGGUGCGAUUCUUCCUCUUGCUCUUUCCUCCUCCAACUGUCUCCUGCCUCCUUCCUUCUCCUUUGGGGGGUGACAUCGCCGAAAACCUGCUCUAAUCUUU